UCAGCAGACUGGGGAUUGUUCGUCCCGCUGUCAAUGUACCGACGCCGGUUCGGAAUUCCGGCCAUGGACGCUGGAUUCAUUCGGAUCAUCUUGCUACUCUUCUCUUCUCUCAUUGCCGUUUCGCCUAGACCGGAUAAUAUUCGCAUCGUUGGUCUCUUUGAAGGCAAAGACACGGACUCAGAAAAGCAUAUGAGAUAUGCGAUAGACAAACUAAACGGCAACAAGACAAUCUUACCCAGAAUAAGACUAUCAGCUCACAUAGUUAGAAUACAACCAAACGAUAAUUUUCAUGUUGGCAAAAAAGUUUGUGGACAAAUCGACGUCGGUACCUUGGCCAUCGUGGGUCCACAUAUUCCGUCCAAACUUCCUGUGGUCCAAUCCACUUGCAGCGUUAUGAAUGUGCCUCAUCUUAGCACAGCACCAACUACUACUACUGUAACAAAGAAGGGGGUUCAUGGCUCAUACACUCUGCAUCUGCAUCCACCAGACAGUGCCUUAAGUCAAGCCCACAGGGACAUUAUCAUGUCAAGGGGAUGGAAAUCUUUCACCAUCAUAUACGAAGAUGCCAGAUCACUUCCUCGCCUGCAGCAUCUUAUCAUGAUGGCAAAUGAUGGUGAUGUUAAAAUAACAUUAAGGGUGCUGGAAAGAGGCCUCCAUUAUAGAAAUUUGCUCAAAGAAGUCAGUAAAAAAGGCGAAACCAAUGUUGUUCUUGAUGUCCCAACGUCGAAAAUAACAGAAAUUUUAUCAAUGGCUCAGACGUUUGGAAUGAUGACAGAAUAUCACAAUUACUUUAUCACAUCUUUGGAUUUGCAUACAGUUGAUUUACAAGAUUUUCAACAUGGGAGAGCAAACAUUUCUGGGUUUCGCCUGGUUCAGCCCACAAAAACAAAUAGUAUAUAUGUCCCUAGAGAAUGGCUCCUAGGGGAUAUUUACUACGGCCGUAUAAAUAAAAAGUUGCCUCCUGUGAAGGUAGUUUACUUUUUUAUGCUUACACAACUAGCUAUGUUGUAUGACUCCAUUAAGUUGCUAACGGAAGCUAUACAAGAAAUGAAUGAAACUCUAAAAUUUAACAGUCGUUCUUGUUCCAAAGCAGAAUCUUGGCCACAAGGUCGACAGUUGCUCAACUACCUCAAAACAAUGACUUAUGAUGGCAUGACAGGUUUUCUUAAAUUUGACAGAGAAGGAUACCGGACAAAUUUCAGUCUAGAUGUAUUGGAAUUGAAAAGAAAUGGGCUUUCCAAAGUUGGUGUUUGGGACUCCUCAAAAGGUCUGCACUUCACGUGGAACUAUACGGUCGCUUAUUCUGAAGUUAUUCAAUCUCUGAAGAACAGAACUCUCAAAGUAACAACAAUUCUUAAUCCACCAUAUAUGAUGGUUAAGAAACCAGACAAACAAACCAAAGGAAACAAUGAACAAUAUGAGGGAUUUUGUGUGGAUCUUUUAAAAGAAAUGUCAAAUAUUUUAGGAUUUAAGUUUGAGCUUCGCCUAGUACGUGAUGGAUCUUACGGAACAAGAAAUGAUCGAAACGAGUGGAAUGGGAUGGUUCGGGAGCUGAUGGAUAGGGAGGCUGAUCUUGCCAUUGCUGAUUUUACAAUCACAUACGAAAGAGAACAAGUUGUUGAUUUCACAAUGCCCUUUAUGAAUCUAGGGAUAAGUAUAUUGUUCAGGCGUCCAACUCGCAAGGUUCCUAAGCUUUUCUGGUUUCUCCGUCCCUUAAGUCUGGAGGUAUGGAUGUACAUGGCAGCAGCCUACAUGAGCGUGAGCCUGCUCCUCUAUGGUGUUUCAAGGUUUAGUCCAUAUGAGUGGGCGAAACCUCAUCCUUGUCAGGGUAUCACAAUACAUGCUUGCAGAAACUGUUUCUCAAUGCAAAAUAGCCUAUGGUUUGCAGUUGGAUCUUUAAUGAGGCAAAGCUCAGAGCUAACACCGAGGGCAACUUCUACACGUGUAGUUGCUGCUACUUGGUGGUUUUUUACACUGAUAAUGAUAUCAUCUUAUACAGCAAAUCUUGCUGCAUUUCUUACCGUUGAGAGAAUGAAAUCACCCAUAGAAAAUGCGGAUGAUCUUUCAAAGCAAACUAAAAUUCAAUAUGGAUGCGUGCAAUCUGGAUCAACAAAAUCAUUUUUUAAGAACUCUGAAAUUCCUGUAUAUAAGAAAAUGUGGUCAUUUAUGGAGUCUGCCAGACCGUCAGUAUUUACAAAAUCAAACAAAGAAGGAAAACAACGAGUUUUAGCCGGGGAUUAUGCAUUUUUGAUGGAGUCCACGUCUAUUGAGUAUGAAACACAAAGAAAUUGUGAGCUGACUCAAAUUGAUGGAUUGCUUGACACAAAAGGGUACGGAAUUGCAACUCCUCAAGGAUCACCUUAUACAACUCCUUUCUCAAGUGUUAUUUUAAGACUACAAGAGGAUGGUGUCCUGCACGCUUUGAAAGAGAGAUGGUGGAAAGCGGGUGACCCAUGUCCUCCAGAGGAGAAAAAAGUUGGAAAAGUAACAAACGAGCUCAGUCUUGUUAAUGUAGGAGGAAUAUUUUUAGUUCUUUUAGCGGGAACUGGAAGUGCUUGUGUUUUGGUGGUCGUUGAAUUCAUAACAAAAACAAGACACCGUAGACGGAGAAGACGAAGAAGAAAAUGAAAGAUUGAAU